UCUGCCGGUGCUGCAGACUGCCAGUGAGGGAGUGAGAGAAGAGGAGCCUCUCUCCGCUGCUGGCCAGGUGCCUCCCGUUGCCUUCCCGUGACUCGCCGGGGGACUGACAGCGCUUUAUGCCCCCUGCAGCAGCGCCGUCCCGCUGCCUCUCCCCCGCCUCUGCCUCCCGGAUCCGGUCCUCUCCCCUCUCACACGCUCCGGGACGCAUAGUCCUACACAGGACUACAGCUGAGUGAGUCCUCUGCUUGUUUUUUUUUUUUUUUUUGUGUCCGUGUCCCGCCUCUCCCAAACACCCCCCCGCCCCUUCUCCGCUCCUCCCUCACCCCACCCCGACUCGCACCCAGAGGAGCGUCCUGGGGGGCGGACGGACAGACGGACGGACGGAUGGGCAAACGAGAAGAGAGACAGGCAGACAUGGAGCCCCUGAAAAGCGGCGGGUCGGUCCGGCACAGUCGCGCCCGGUCCGGGGACACGGUCCACGCCAGCGUCCUCGUCGUGCUGCUGAUCGGGGUAUGGUGUGCCCAGGCCCUGGAGGUGUCGGUGGGGAAGGUGCACUUUGUGGAGGUGAUGAACGGCAGCACUGUCCUCCUGCCAUGCACCUACUCCAGCUGCAUCGGCAUCAAGAAUCUCUACUUCAGCUGGCGCUACAAUGACAAUGGCACUAUGCGAAUGUUGUGCAAUGGGACCAUCCCGGCAGAGGGGGUGGACCCCCGAAGCAAUACCUACAACCCGAGGGUGGAGUUUGUGGGAUCCAGCAAGAGCAGCAACAUCUCCAUCCUGCUGUGGAAUGUGACCUUCGAGGACGAGGGCGAGUACACCUGCUUCGCCCGCAACCCCAAGGAGAAGAACCGCAACCACAGCGCCGUCUUCACGCUCUUUGUGGUGGACGAGAUAAAGGAGGUUGACAACACCCUGACAGUUAUCAUUCUGUCUGUCGUGGGAGGGAUUAUCGGCUUGAUAAUCCUCGUCAUGAUUUUGAAGGCCCUCAUCCUUUUCAUCCUUGGCAAGGUCCAAAACAAGAAUAAAGAGUGCCUUGUGAGUUCUUCAGGGAUUGACAACACGGAAAAUGGCCUCACGGGAUCCAAAGCUGACAAUAAAGCAUCACCAAAGGCAUGAAAACAUGUAUGUAUGUAUGUAUAUAUAUGUGUGUCUAUACAUGUAUAUAUGUAUACAUGCAAAUAUAUAUAUAUGUUAAAUAGGUAAAUAGAAAGAACGCAGUAACUAUGGGCUUUUUCUUUUCUUUAUCUAAUGGAAAAGUGAUUAUAUAUAUAUAUAUAUAU